AUGGAACAUCCCGCAGUGCAAAUUCGACUGAAUAAUGUGAUUCCCUUUCUUUUCGGAGAUCUUUUCUACCUGCCCACAAAAGUGUCCAAUUUCAUUUUGUUUCCAAUACCACAUCCUGAGCAACAGCAUUUAUCAACAGAUCCAAAUGCUUACCUUAAGAUUUCCGUAAAGUACCUAAAGCUGCUGCCGUUGCGGGAUCAACUUGUCAUCUUUAACUGUCUCUUCAAGAACGUCAGUGAUAUGCUCAAUGAUGAUCUCAUGCAAACAAAGUACUUUGACCCGAAGCAGCCAAUCAGCCUUGAUGAGUGGUUUCUGGAGAUUUGGCCUGGUUUGGCAAUAGACAUCACUGUUGUGGAGGAAGAUCAUGAUUCAAAACAACAACAGCUCCUUCUCUCUUGUGACACCAGUCAUAGAGUACUUCACAGAGCAAACAUUCUCGAUCAGAUUCGUCUUUUUGCGCCUAAUGAAAAGUUCAAGCAGCUCGCCAGUCGGUACAUUGUCGGCAGCUACGUCACUACACGGUGCGGAAACGGACAACAGACGUACCGCAUUGAUGCGAUCGACUUUGAAUCAAGCCCACUUAGCAACUGUGAAUGGAUUGGAAACGGGGAUGCUACCACUACCUACUUUGACUACUUCAAGCAGCACUGGGGCAUAGUCAUCAAAGACCUCACUCAGCCUCUUCUAGUGCACAAAAAGUUGUUGCCGAAAUCAAACAUGAUUCGCAACAUGCACCUCGUGCCUGAACUGUGCACCAGCACCGGGUACCGCCUUAUGUUUGGUCGCAGUGCCGUUCGGAAGGUGUCCGGAUUAGAGCCAUCUUCAUCAGCCGAAGAAAACCUGCGCUAUCACAAGCUAAUGAAGUACAUCUUUACAGUGCUCAAUCACGAGAACGCCUCACAGUUACUGGCAGACUGGGGCCUGACCCUGCUUCCAUCCUCCUUCAGCACACUCUCCAAUGCGUACCCGGAAAAGCUGACAAAGACCACUGCAACGACGAGUAGAGCACGGUCUGCAUUGGGCCACCAGGUGGACAGUGUCUCAUUGGGUGAAUCUCUUCUUAAACCGGUGAGGAUGGGCAGCAGCUGGCUGGUUAUCUUCAGCAGAGAAGAUCAGCUUUACGUUGACAACUUCAUCGCUCUGCUACGUCGGAACGCGGAUCUGAUGUCCAUCAAAAUGGCAGAGCCACGAACGGUAAUGGUAGCGGCUGGAUUUGACAUCUUAAUUUCUACCGAAAACUACUUGAGAGCCAUUGAAAAAAGUCAAAGUUUCUGUGACCGAGUCAUCGUGAUCGUCACUCCGGGCAAUGUUGAAAGUCCCUUCUUCUUCCACCACAUCAAACGAUUCUGCACUUUGCACUUGGGUGUGCCGCUGCAGUUUGUCCGAGGGUCGCUGCUUGUUCAACCCAGAAAACUGGCACGUCUGGCGCCAAAUCUGCUAAUGGAAAUGACCUGCAAAGCAGGCGGUGUUCCUCGCGGCAUUCAAAUGACACUGCCUGCUGUCAUGUUCAUUGGCAUUGAUGUCUGCUACGGCCACAAAAAACUUAGAAAGAGGGAAAAUGAUAAAACCAAAUCAUCGGUCAUUGGUUUUGUUGCUUCGUUGAACUCUAAUGCUACCACUUGGUACUCGAGAGCAGUCAUUAAGGAGAACGCCGAAAAUCAAGAAAAUUGGAGCCUCUAUCUUUUCAACGAAAGUCUAGGGAAGAUCAUUUCGAAAGUUUUGUACAAGUACAAGUCUAUUAACAACCGCCUGCCUGCUUACAUUUUCAUCUAUCGUAAGAAAGACAACAAUGACAUUCCACUAGAGAAACUGGUCAGCUUUGAGUACACUCUUUUAGAGCGCUCAAUUAAGAACGUUUACUACCUCGAUGCUAUAACCAAUGAACCGACUAAUACCUGUACAAAGAAAGGCAACUUUAUGCCGUACAUCGCAUUCAUGACCGUCACAAAGGGUUGUUCUGAGAAGCUCUAUGCUCAAAACAACAGCGUGGAAUUAUAUAAAGCUGAUCGCCGAACCAGUGACAUCAGCUUUGACGAGUUUUUCCUUCUUCCACAAAAGAACAAUCUCUCGGCGACCUGCCCCAUUUGG